AUGAAGGUCGGCCUCGGUGACCCCGCCGACAUGGCCACGGUCGAAUGGGACGACCUCUCGUGCAUGAACAAGGCCACGCAUGCCAGGUAUACCUGGUCUGUGAAUCUUGCAGCGGUGACAGAAACGGGUCUUUUGAUGCCAGAGCGGCGGACGUUUACAUUGACGCGCACCCGGAACCCGGGCAUCGAUGGCACGAAGCCGACCGCGGCGACGAGGCGCCACUGGAAGCUGUCUGAAGAGAAGCGAGGAGAUUAUUGCGCUGUUUACGGGGCAGGCCAAGAUCGGGCAGUGCGGCACUUUGGCGAUGCAUGA